GUCCCUCUUUCUGUUCCGUCCCUCUUCCUGUUCCGUCCCUCUUACCUGUUCCGGGCGACAGGGUACCAGCAGUAAACAUGGCGGAGGAACUGCUGGAAACAGUGGAGAGACUUCAGUCCCGGCUCCUGGAGACUCCGGAGCCUCGAAAGCUGCUGAAGACUCUCAAAAGACUGGGGGAACUUCCCAUGACUGUGGACAUUCUGGUGGAAACUGGAGUCGGAAAGACUGUGAACUCUUUCAGGAAACACGAAGCAGCUGGAGAGGUGGCCAAAAGCCUCGUAGCCAAAUGGAAGAAACUGGUUCCUCAGUCUGCAGACAGACCCAACAGUCACGCCAAAGAAGCCUCCAGGCCACAUGUUCACUCUCGUGGCCACGAAGGAGGAGGAGGAGGACACCGACGUCCCCGAGAACCUUCACCUGAAGAAGAGGAGCGCUCCUACAUGGAGGAGGAGGAGGAGGAAGAGGAGGAGAGGGGCUACCACACCAACUACUCUCCUUCUCCUCCUCCACACGACCAGUACGUCUCCCCACAGCCAGGAGGUUACCAGUCCGACGAAUACGAGAGCCCCGAGCCCAGCCCUCCUCCUCCUCCACCUCCUCCUCCUCGUAAAGAAGUCCGCCACGUUAAACCCAACAAGGAGCCCAGCAGGAACCACCACAGCGACCGGAGCCGAGAGGAGGAGCGGCGGCAGCGUCAGAGCGGCAGCGACGGGAAGAAACGCAGCAGCGACAAAGAAAGGCAGCAGAGUCCAGGACCGAAGGCCUCCAAGCACGGCAGGAAGUCGAGCACACAGGACGGACGGAGGGAGGAGAAGAAGAAGACGGCAGACGAUGGGCGACCGCGAGCGCCGAAGGACUCUCCGCCUAAGGAGGAGGAUGAGGACUUCGAGACGCCCACCAUGUCCUUCGAGUCCUUCCUCACGUACGACGCCCCGACGUCCGUCAAGAAGAAGAAGAAGCCGCUGCCGACGUCGUCUUCGUCUCACAGUCGACCGUCUCACUCCUCCGCUUCCACGUCAUCUUCACAUCGCACCCGAACGCCUCCGCCAGCGUCCUCUUCGUCCUCGUCUUCCUCUUCUUCCAAAGUGAACAAGGCCAACGGCGCUCAGAGCUCCAAGAGGCCACAUUCAAGCUCCAGCUCAUCAGCAGCACCGACACCGGAAAAACGCAGAAGGGUUGUUGAAGCCGUUCCGACUCUUCCUGAAAUCCCUCUGCCUGCGAUUCAGCCCAACUACAGACCGCUGCCCUCCAUCGACGUCACGCCGCUUUCUCCCCAGAGACGCAAAGUCCCCGUCUACAACGAUGAGGAGGACGCCGGCUUCACGGGGAAACGGUUCAACUCCAAGAUGGUGGUUUACUCUGGAUCCAAGACCUCCUACCUGCCCAGGAUGAUGACUCUGUACGAGCAGUGCAUCCGUGUGCUGCAGAACAACAUCGAUUCCAUCGCCGAGGUGGGAGGAGUUCCGUUUGAGAUCCUGGAACCGGUUCUGGAGCGAUGUACUCCAGAGCAGCUGUACCGCAUCGAGCAGAGCAACCAGUGUUUCAUCGAGGAUUCAGACGAGCUGUGGACGCGUCACUGUAAGCGCGACUUCAAGCGAGAGUCUCCUCAGGAGUACGAGUCGUGGAGGGAAAUGUACCUGAGGCUGCACGACGAGCGAGAGGAGCGACUGAGGAUGUUGACUCAGAACAUCACGUCUGCUCACGCCAACAAACCCAAAGGACGGCAGGUUAAGAUGGCGUACGUAAACUCUGUUGCCAAGCCGCCACGUGACGUUCGCCGCCGACAAGAGAGGUUUGGUACCACCAGCGGUACAUCAACAGCCUCCUCCACUGCUGCUGCAGCUCCCAUCAAAAUAAGAGCGCCGGCCACAGAUUACUCCGGUGAAUCGAGCCGUUCUUCUUCCUCCCAGCUCAACCCUUCACCUGGAUCUUCUCGGUCUUCAGCGUCGAGCGGAGGAGCAGCAGGAGGACACGCUGCCCGGGACAAACCACAGGUCAAAAAAAUCGCUCCCAUGAUGGCCAAAACUAUCAAAGCGUUCAAGAACAGAUUCUCCCGCCGAUAGUGUGAAAGAGACUGAAUGUAUUUCAUGAAUUCCAACUAUGUUUUAAUUUAAGUUGAGCUAAAGUUUGACUGGAAACCCUCCUCUCCCUGCACACACUUCCAUCUCGACCCACCAAACACACACAUGAACUUUGCAGUGUUGGUGGAGCAACGGUUGGCUUCUUCUUCUUUGUUUGUUUUUAUUUGUGUGGUGACAUCUGUAUCGGGGGGCUUUAAUUAAGUAUUUAAAUCCUAAAUGACAGUCAAACGGUCUGUGUUUGGAACAGGACUCACAAACACACAGUCUGUUACCUUUUUUGGUUCAUCUGGAAAUAAUUUUAAAGAAACAGCCGCACAUUUUGGGGGAUUUACUGUCUUGUUGGGAGUUAUCAGAGGAGUCUCAAUCUCUCACGUAGCUUAGCACAAAGACUGGAAACAGAGCUUUAAAAAUGAAUGGAGCUGCUAUUUAGCAUGUUAAAGACAUGUUAAACAUCAGUUGUUUUUUUUAAAAUGUAUGCGGGGAUAGAAGGAGUUUUCAGUUGCGGUGAAAAUGCUCAUAGCUCGAAGUAGUCAUCUAUUCAGAAAAAUAUCGGUGCCACGGUUAUUUUUUUAAAUUUUCACAUUUUAACGUUGCCCCUCAGGAGGUAUUUUUUAGAUAUUUUCUAUUUUUUUAAAUUCUUUAUUUUUCAGUUUUAUCAGAUUGAUGGUGAUGGGUACAAUCCACAUGUGCCAGCAUGUGCACAAUAUCAUCAUUGUUCUUUUUUCAAAAGACAACUUCCCAUCCAGAAGGUAAAAUAAAAUAAACAAAGGCAUGAACCUCUUUCUGAACAUUAGGGAGUGACCAUUAUGUUGUCUUUAGAUUUUUAGACUCAGAAUUAAAUUGGGCUUUUUAAUUUUUAUAUACGCUACCCAUUUUUCAAAGCAUGCUACAAACCAGUCUUGUUUUUGAUUUAUAAACGCUGAAAUCUUUUCCAUUUUAUAAAUAUCCAGUGUUAUAUCCCACCUUGCUGACAUGGUGGGAAUAUCCUGCGAUAGCCGUUUCUUUGUUAUGGAUUUCUUACUUGCAACCAAAAAAACACUCAAUAGAUAUUUAUCUUUUCUUUCUCCAGUCCUAUAGUAAACAUCCAAAAUACACAGUUUUUAUUCCAAAUGGAAUUACACAUUUAAAAAUGUCUUGCAGUGCUCCAUGAACAUCCUUCCAAUACUGUCUAAUAAGUGGGCGGUCCCAUGGGAUGUGAAAAUGGUUUGCACGUUGGUCUCCACACUUUCUCUAACAGAUAGGAGGGGUUCCAUCAUAAUGUGUUCUUUGACAUGGAGUGAUGAAGUAUCUUAUCAAGGUUUUCCAUCCAUAUUCCUUCCAUCUCUGUGAGUUUGUGCAUUUCCACUGGACUUUCCAUAUUGCAGUCUAUUCCUCCUCUGAUAUAUUUUCUAGUUUUUAAACCUGCUGUUUUCUCCCCCUUCUGGCAGUCACAGUAAUUACACAAACACAAUUAACUUGUGCUUAUGAAGAACAUCGAUCGCUUUGUUUUUUAGACUUUAAUCCUUGCUCUGAACGCUGAGAUUCUUUCUAAUUUGGAGCAUCAGAAACGUAGCGUUUUCUUCGUAGCUCUUUUGCUGUUUUCUCCAUUGGCUCCAUCAGAAUCCGAGUUACUGCAGCUGAAGCCAGCUCUGUCUCUUCGUUUACUUUCCUUUUCAUUGCUGCUUGAUGCAUCACUUUUGCUGUAAAAUACAUAGAAGUUUACCUGGUACUGUUGGACUUGAGCAAAUGUUCUACUUUUUGCAAGUACUCAUGAACUUACUGGAUAAAUCUUAUUAUCCAAAGUCUACAAAAGUCCGUAUAGACAACUCUGGUACCAACAAAUCAGCCUAAAAAUGCGUAUUUAAUCUCAACUAUGGUACAACGACAGUAUCGAACAUUGUCAGUAGUAGUUUUUAUUCAUGGAAUAAGUGGUUACGACCUCCUGAGAAUGUCUGGAACUGACUCCUCCCAGCAGACUAGGAAGUAAAAUACCAACUAUGAAGGAGUGUAAUUAAAGCUUAAAUGUGAACUCAUUGAGCUUGAAUAUAACAGAUAUUAAUUUAUAUGUUAAAGUCCUGUACUUUAGUUUUAAGGUUGGUGAGAAAGACGCCAUGCACUUGAUGAUUAGUAGUAAUUAUUUUGAAAAUUUGACACGACUGAGGCGAGAACCUGAGCAGAAACAUGCAUCAGAUGUAGUCAGGUUUAGCCUUUUUUCAGCCUUUUUAAUGAUUUAAUAAUGUUUGUAGCAACAUUGGUGCAAAAGCGCCUUCUCUUAAUUUAAAAAGUGAAGAUAAUUUUUAUUUUAACCCUGUGUUUUUUCUAAAAGCCAGCAGGGGGCGAUUGCUCUGGUUGAUUACAUGAGAAAAUGAUCUGACUUCUAACUUAAUUUAUUCCCUCAGUAAACAUUUUCAUGAUGAGUUCAUGGUCUCAAUUGCUAGUUUAAAGUCUCCUCAAAUACAGCAUGAUGUUUAUUUUGUAAAUUAUGGUCUAAUUUCGAGGAAAAUAGACGACAAAACAGUAUGUUUGAGCAUGGAGCUAGCUUGUGAUUGAUUAGUUGCUGUCGUCGAGGUGUGUGUAGUUUCUUCCACUGCUCACUUAUGUCCAGUUUGAAAAACCCAAAAUGAAUAAAUUCCAAUUUUGAAGCUUCAAAAUAUAAUUGACAAAAUUAUGGGCAGCCAUGUUCAUCUUCUAUACUAUCUGUAGUUGCAACACUGGUACAUAGCCUCGUUUAAAUUGCAAAUGCAUUAAUUAGCGAGCCCUAGAGAUGUUGGUUUGCUAAACAGAGCACGGCUAGCUGUUUCCCUCUGUUUCCAGUCUUUGUGCUAAGCUAAGCUAACCAGCUGCUGGCUUCAUAUUUAUACAACGGAGACGAGAGCGUUCAUCGAUCCUCUGACUCUCUUAAAGAAAACAAAUGAGCAUUUUCCCCAAAGCAUCGAACAGACUUUUAUUUGUUUUUAAUUUAGGAGCAGUUGUUGGUUAUUUUCCUCUCUGAGCAAAUUUAACACUACGUAGGAAAACUUCUCCUUCUGUCUCUUGCAUGAUGCUCGACACCGGAGACGUCAGCCGGCUGGUGGAAAACUCUGCUUUUUAAAGAAAACCAAUCAUGUUCUUUGCCUGGUGCUUCUCUCAGUGUGUGGGGCUGAAAUUAUAUCAAACACACAAAGACGCUGUGGACUUGUUUUAACCCUCCUGUGGCUUUAGAUCUUGUUUUCCUGCUGUCGAAUGUGUGCGUCGCUGUUUUCUAUCUGCUUCACUGUGACACAGUUUGAACGAGAGUCGAGUGAGGAAGGUGGCAGGAUUAGGAUGAGGAGGAUGAUGAUGAUGAUAUGUAUUUAUUUUCAACACUGGGACCUGACACCCCACAACAUGGGCCCGAACCGAAGUAGAUGAAAAAUUGUAAUUUUAUUAGAUUUUAAUAAAUGUUCUAUGGUCAUUUUUAUUAAAAUUGACUUUUUGCCCUUAAA